GGCGUCUGCGCAGAGAAAAUUUUGCCGGGUCAUUGUCAAUAAACAUGGCAGCCCUCGCGGUCCCGAAGGACGUUAGCACAUUUUUAAGUCAAAAUCAGAACGUGCCCGACAAGGAAUUGGCUGCGGAAUGGGUUCAACUAGAAGAGCUUUACAACAAAAAGCUUUGGCAUCAACUUACACUAAAAUUGGAGGUCUUCGUAAAACAUCCGGCCCUCCAGAAGGGCGAUAAUUUGGUACAAUUGUACAAAAACUUUUUGUCGACUUUCGAGAGCAAAAUAAAUCCAUUGUCCCUUGUCGAAAUACUGGCUCAUGUGAUUGUUCAAUUCGAAGACAAACAAGAGGCAAUAACCUUCUUAGAAAAGACUGAGCCCAAAGUCUCUAGCAACAAUGAGGCUGUCGCUUUGUGUAAAGUUUUGGCUGGACAAAUUCUCCUUGAUAAACUUAACGAUCAGGAAAAAACAAAGAAAAUUAUUGACGAAGUGGAAGUCAUGUUAGAUAAUGCCGAUGGUAUUACCACCGUUCAUGGCAGAUUCUAUCUUUUGGCAAGUAGACUUUAUCGCUUGCAAGGAAAACAUGCAGAGUAUUAUCGUACUGCUCUUAGGUAUCUUGGCUGUAUUGAACUUGACACAUUAAGUAAACGAGAACAAGAACAACAUGCAUUUUUCCUGGGCCUUGCCGCCCUUCUUGGCGAAGGAGUUUAUAAUUUGGGUGAAUUGCUUGCCCAUCCGGUACUGCAGUCACUUAAAGAAACAACAAACUCAUGGCUCGUAGAUCUUCUUCACGCUUUCAAUGCAGGAGACAUAGCUGCGUUGGAAAAACUUAAACCACAGUGGAGCAAAGUUGCUGAUCUUGCAGCUCAGGAGCUGAAGUUAAGGCAAAAAAUAUCUCUUCUAUGUCUCAUGGAAAUGACUUUCAAGAGACAAGCCAACAACCGACAACUGACGUUCACCGAAAUAUCGCAAGAGACUCGUUUGCCUAUCGGGGAAGUUGAGCUCUUGGUAAUGAAGGCUUUGGCCCAAGGACUUGUUCGUGGAGCAAUAGAUCAAGUAGCUGGAACGGUCAACAUGACUUGGGUACAACCACGUGUACUUGACCGCAACCAAAUCGCCAAUAUGGUGCAGCAGCUCAACAGCUGGUGCAAGGCCGUAGAUUCAAUGGAACAUCUUUUGGAAUCACGCGCCUCCGAAAUUUUAACACUUUAAUUAACAUUGAAUCGGGUUUUGUAAACGUACGUGCUUUUGCGAAGUUGCAUUUGAUCCGACUACUUGUUUUUCCGCCCUCCGAAUAUUGUACUGUAAUGAAAAUCUUUCAAAUCAUUCAAAAGAAAAAAUAUUGUUGGAUGUUUUUGCUACUGAGUACGCCACAAUGUGUAUUCGGAAUCUCUGAGCUCGGAUCGUUGAAAAUAAAUUGAACAAGUAAGAUAAUCUUGUAAACUCCAUGAGAUUUAACGUUUAAUAAAAUUUUUAAGGCCGUC